UAGUCCAGGGCAAUGCCACCUGCAGAUGUCUAGAAAACACUUCCCCAGGGCAUUCAGCAGCAGGUAUUCAGCAGCAGAAAAUACUUUCCCAGGGCCUGGAGAACAACAUACCACAGUCUUGGCUGAGUCGCUCGCUAGUCCCUUAGUUUUUCCCGCAUCAGUCCGCGUGCUUUCACUCCUUCCGCGUGAUUCAGUCACUGGUUGAGUAGGGGUAUUGCUUAGCAUUUAGCUAUGGCGGCGGUCGCGGUGCUGCCGGCACCCACGCCGUUCAAAGCGGCUCGAGCCGUGGUGGCGGUGAUGGAGGCGUAUCGCGACGCGCGCGUGCAGUUCGUCACGAAAGUCGGCGAACUCGCGGUCUCGCCUCAGAACGCGGAGGCUCUGCUGUCCCUCGGCGCGCUGCAGCUGCUGCUGCCGCUCGCGCAGGACAGCAUGUCGUCCGUGCGAUCCGCGGCGAUGCUGUCGCUGGGUCGCCUGGCGAACGUGUCGCACACGUGGGCCCACCAUCUGGUGCAGCGCAAUGUGCUGCCUACUCUCUGCAAGGCGCUCACUGGUACCAAUCGUCACCACAAGCGGUCUGCAGCAUACCUAGUCAAAGCUGUGUCGCGCCACGCUGGCGCUGAGCUGGCAGAGGCGGGUGUUCUGCCCUUGCUGACGGAGUGCCUCCUGGAUGCCAUGCUGGCGGUGCGCGAGACUGCUGCGUGCGCAUUGGGCCACGUGGCGAAGCACAGCGGUGUCAUGGCUAUGAGAGUGGUUGAGACGGGUGCAGUGCGGUUGCUGGUGACAUGCCUUCAGGAUGAGGCUGUAGCGCGUAUCGCCCUGUCAGUGCUGAGUGACGUGGCACGGCACUCGCUGCUGCACGCUACAGCUGUGGCAGAUGCUGGCGGCGUUGCAGCCGCGGUCUCUCUGUUGGGAUCACCUGACGUCAAGACAAGGCGCCAGGGCUGCGUCUGCCUUUCUACCAUCGCCAGGCACUCUGAAUCUCUCGCCCUACAAGUAUUGAACGAGCCCGGGGCAUCGCGUCUACUGCUGUGUCUGCACGACUCGGCCUCCUCUCUGCGAGCAUCGGCAGCAGCAGCGCUGAGAGAAGUGGCCAGGCAGGGGCCGGCAGCAGCGGAGAGGCUGGUGGGGAUGGGGGCCAUAGGGCCGCUGCUGGAUGCUGUGGGGGGGUGGAAGGAGGAGGGGGAAGGGGAGGGAGAGGGGAAGGGGUUGAAGAAAGGCUCUGCCAAGCUUUCAGUGGUGGUGGCCCUCGGCUUCCUGGCAGCUUCCUCCCCCGACGCCGCUCUGGCAGUGGUAGCGUCGGAUGGCAUAUCCCCGCUGCAGGACCUCAUAGUGGAGGGCGACGCCGACGCUGCUGUCAAAGGGGCAUGUGCGUGGGCACUCUCGCAACUGGCGUCUCAUGGCCCCAGCCAUUCCAAGGCAGUGGCGGACAGUGGGGUGCUCAUCGACAUGGUAACAGCAGCCACCGUUCACCUUCCUGCUCUGGAAGCUGCCGCGAAGCCUGGCACUGUUGCCGUUGCUGAUGCUAAACUUGCUACCGCCACUGCUUCGGAUGCAAGAGGCUCGACUGCGGAGGCUCGGGAGCGCAUGGUGCGGGCAGUGAAGGACGUGGUGGUCCGGGUGAACGACAUCGAAGCACUCGAUGCCCUGCUACAGUGGACAAAGCUGCCGGACGGCAUACUCGAGUCUGUGCUGCAUCGCAUGUCCCUAGUUCUCGCUAAGGACACUGGCUGCCGCCCAGCCUUCCUUGCGUCGAACGGCUUCACUCGUCUGCAGCGCCUGCUGCAGCUGGCAGAGGCAAAGAGAGCCGCUGCUGCCGCCGCCGCUGCAGCGGACGCAGCAGCCGCUGCUGAUGCCGCUUGUGCCGAUGCGGCUGCUGCGGGUGCUGGGGGUGCUGACAGUGCUGGUGGGGUAGCAAAGAGCCCAGGAGACGGGGCAGCGAGGGUCAUCCGAUUCGACCCGGCCUCGGUGCGGUGCAUAGAGAGCGGCGUGGACUGGGACGCAGUGGAGGACCACGUGUCAGCCAUCAACACCCUGUUCCCCUUUGAGGUCUCGCGCUUCUACUCCGCCGACUACCAGCAGCAUCUGCUGCAGAAGCUCACCGACAGCGUCAAGCCCGAGUGGGCCGCCAUUGCCACUGCGGCAGCGAGCCCCAGAGCCAUGGCGAUUAAGGCAAGAGAGGGGCGGUUUAAGAGGGGGGGAAGGAGGCCGGUGGAUCUGGAGGAGCUGAUGCAAGUGCGGGUGGGAAGGAAUGGGGUAGAAAGACUUGCAGGGGGGAGAGAAGGGGGUCUAGGAGGGGAGAAAGAAGGGGCAGUUGUAGGGGAGAGAGGAGGGAUGGAGGCGGGUGGGUCUGUGGAGGAUGAGGGCAGUGUGAGGCCUGGCGGUGGGGAGAGUGGGGCUGGUGAGAAACGGAGAGACGAUGCGGCACUGGGAAUAGAUGGCAACAUUCCUGGUGAGGUGUUGAGUGGUGUUGGUGGAUUUCUGGAGAAUGGUAAUAGGGGGACGGAUGAUGCUAUUGAGGGAAUGAAGGACGACACUCAGGGGAUGGAGGAUGGGAGUGAGGGGAUAAAGGAUGCGGAGGCGGCAAGGAAAGAAGCUAGUGGAGGUGGGGCAAAGGAAGUUUUGGACUCCAAAGCGGGAACAAAGGUGCAGGAUAUUGAGGAUGCUUUAUGAUCGUUAGGCAUGUAAGUUGGAACCUAGGAUGGGUUUGGAUGCAUUGAUUUGAGAGUUAUGGGUGGCAUAUAUCAGCCUCUCCAAUCUAAGCUUAAGAAGAUUGGAUGAUUUUUGGAUCAAGUGUUCCUCACAUAGUCAAGUUGACACAGUAGC